ACUCGUGCAACACACACACACACGCACGCACGCACGCACGCACACGCACUCAACCCACUAGCACCUUUAGGCCUGAGUGUGAGUGCGGCAGCCGUUGAGUGCGGAGCGGUCAUUGCGUGCGGUGAUAUUUGCGUGCGGGAAACGAAUUGCGUGUGGGAUUUGCGUGUGGCGAUUUGAAGAAAACGAUAGACAGAGAAAAUAGAUAAUAAAUGAACAGAAAGUGAAGUAAAGGAAGGAAGGAAAGAAAGAAGGAAGGAAGGAAGGAAGGAGAGGAAAAUGACGAACUUGAAUAACUGAGGUGAAUGAAGGAAACAGAAAUAAAAGAGAGAGAAAGAGAUAGACUGGAAUAAACAAAGGAAGAAGAAGAAGAAGAAGAAGAAGAAGAAGAAGGAAAAAGAAGGAGGAAGAGGUGGAGGAGGAGAAGACGAUGAAAGAAGGGAAACAAAAGAUUGAAAGAAAAACAAUAGAUAUAAAAAUUGACUAAGAAAGAAAGAAAGAAAGAAAGAAAGAAAGAAAGAAAGAAAAUAAAUAAGCGAAGAAAUAAAUAAACAAAUAAAUAAAGAAAGAAAGAAAGAAAAGAAAAAGAAUAAAGAAAGAAAAAAUCGACUUAAAGAAAAUACUGAAAAAAAUAAACAAGAAAAUAAAGAAAGAAAAAGAAAGAAAGAAAGAAAGAAAGAAAAUGCCAAGUUGGAGAAAGAAGAAGGAGAGCAAAGAACCCACCACCACCACCACCACCACCACCACCACCACCACCCCCACCAUCAACAUCAUCUCCAGCAACGCCACUUCAUCACCACCACCACCACCAAGUCAUCUCCACUCAUCUCCACUUCCCGGGGAGACUAGCGCCCUCCUCCACGGACCACACCCGGAGAUGAGCUACAUUGACGAUGGAGGAGGAGGAGGAGGAGGGGUGGUUGAGAAUGGAGGGGUUGGAGGUUUAGCGGGGGGAGCCAGCGCUCCCUCCGCCCCCCAAAAUCUCGCCCCCCUCGCCCCUCCCAAGUUCCAGGUGGCGCGCUGCCCCACCCCAACGCGCUCCCCCGACGACCCCACCAGGGACAACACCACCACCACCAUCCCCACCGCCAUCACCAUCACGGGCCCCGACGGCGCCGACGACAAACCGUUUAUGGUAGACAUGAAGGAGAUGAGCGGAUACGAGAAGAACCUCUAUCUCUACUCGGAGGAGAUGGCAGACCGCCCCCGGGUGUCCAUGAUGAUCAACUCGCUCGCUAACUACAACGCCACCAUCCCUUCGGCCGAGGAGAGCGACGCGCGCCCCGCCACCGCCAAGGCCAACCUGGGGACCCUGAUGGGCGUGUUCCUCCCCUGCAUCCAGAACAUCUUCGGCGUCAUCCUCUUCAUCCGAAUGCCCUGGAUCGUGGGAACGGCUGGAGGCGCCCUGGCGUUUACGAUCGUCUUCAUGUGUUGCUGUACGACCUUCCUGACGGGUAUCUCCAUGUCUGCCAUCGCUACCAACGGCGUGGUACCUGCCGGGGGGUCCUACUUCAUGAUAUCACGCUCGCUGGGGCCGGAGUUCGGGGGCGCUGUCGGCAUCCUCUUCUACACCGCCACCACCGUCGCCGCCGCCAUGUACAUCAUCGGUGCCGUGGAGAUACUGCUGACGUAUAUGGCCCCCGGAAUGUCAAUCUUCGGGGACUUCACAAAGGACGCGAGCAUUAUGUACAACAACUUCCGGGUGUACGGCACGGUGCUGCUGUGGCUCAUGUGUCUCAUCGUCAGCAUCGGCGUCGCCUUCGUCAGCAAGUUCGCCGCGGUGGCCCUCGCGUGUGUCAUCGGCUCCAUCAUCGCCAUCCUCGUCGGGGUCUUCUACAACAUCAACGGGUCGGACAAGUUGCAAAUGUGCAUCCUGGGGGCGCGGCUGCUGACCCAAGUCUCGAACUGCACCAAGGAGCCGGGCGGACCACUCUGGAACAUCUACUGUGCCAAGGAGAACAACACUGUGGCGGAGAACAUCGAGGACUGCGACCCUUACUUCCAGUCCCACAACGUGUCCGAGAGGCGGGCUAUCGUGGGGCUGGCUUCAGGGAUCUUUACGUCCAACCUCGGUCCUCAUUUCGGCAAGUUGGGACAGAUCGUGGCGGACGGCAAUGACCCUGAUGACUACGAGGCGCUCAACAACCCAACCUACAACCAGGUCAUCAUCGACAUCACAACCUCCUUCACGGUGCUAGUGGGCAUCUUCUUCCCCUCCUGUACCGGUAUCAUGGCCGGCAGCAACAGGUCCGGAGAUUUGGCCGAUGCACAGAAGAGCAUUCCAGUGGGCACCCUCGCGGCCAUCUGCACCACCUCCUUCGUCUACCUACUCUACCUCCUCCUCUUCGCCGGUUCCUACGACAUCCUGCUCAUGCGCGACAAGUUCGGGUACAGCGUCGGUGGAAGGCUUGCCAUCGCGGCGAUCUCCUGGCCGAACGAGUGGGUCAUCUUGGUGGGCUCGCUGCUCUCUACGAUUGGUGCCGGCAUGCAGUCAUUAACCGGGGCGCCGCGACUCAUGCAGGCCAUCAGUCAGGACAAUAUCAUCCCUGUCCUGGCACCCUUCGGAGUCUCGUCAGCGCGUGGGGAGCCCCUACGAGCACUGCUAUUGACUGGAUGCAUCUGUCAGCUGGCUAUCCUUAUCGGCAACCUGGACUACAUCGCUCCCAUCCUCUCCAUGUUCUUCCUCAUGUGUUACGGCUUCGUCAACCUUGCCUGUGCACUCCAGACCCUCCUGCGCACCCCUAACUGGCGGCCCAGGUUCAAGUACUACCACUGGUCGCUCUCCUUCGUGGGCCUGUCCCUCUGCAUCACGGUAAUGUUCAUGACCUCCUGGUACUACGCGCUGCUGGCCAUGCUCAUCGCCGGCAUCAUCUACAAGUACAUCGAGUUCCGCGGCGCCGAGAAGGAGUGGGGUGAUGGCAUCCGGGGUCUGGCACUCUCGGCCGCAAGAUACUCCCUGCUGAGGCUUGAGGAAGGUCCCCCGCACACCAAGAACUGGCGCCCACAGAUCCUGAUCCUGUCCAAGCUGACCAAGGACCUGGUGCCCAAGUACAAGAAGCUGUUCACCUUCGCCUCCCAGCUCAAGGCGGGCAAGGGGCUCACCAUUGCCGUGUCCGUCAUCGAGGGAGAGUACUCGAAGAGCUACGGGGAGUCCCACGCUGCCAAGCAGUCCCUGCGCCGUGCCAUGAAUGAGGAGAGAGUCAAGGGCUUCGUCGACACACUCAUCGCAAAGAACAUCACUGAGGGAAUCAGCCACAUCAUCCAAACCUGCGGCCUGGGUGGGAUGAAGCCCAACACGGUGAUCCUGGGGUGGCCCUACGGGUGGCGCCACUCCCCUGAUGAGCGGUCUUGGCGAGUCUUCCUGGACACCGUCAGGAACGUGUCGGCUGCGAAGAUGGCCCUGCUGGUACCCAAGGGCAUCAACUUCUACCCUGACUCAAUGUCCAAGGUUUCCGGCACCAUCGACAUCUGGUGGAUUGUUCAUGACGGUGGACUGCUCAUGCUGCUGCCCUUCCUGCUGCGGCAACACAAGGUGUGGAAGAACUGCAAGAUGAGGAUUUUCACAGUGGCCCAGCUUGAGGACAACAGCAUUCAGAUGAAGAAGGACCUCAAGACCUUCCUCUACCACCUGAGAAUUGAGGCCGAGGUGGAUGUGGUGGAGCUGAUGGACAGCGACAUCCAGACCUACACGUAUGAGCGCACUCUUAUGAUGGAGCAGAGGACACAGAUGCUGAAGGAACUGAGACUCAACCGCAAGGAGAAGCUGAACAUUUCGGAGUUAGGUUUUGAGGCAGCCAGCAUUGAGGACAAACUCCCCUUGGUCCAGGCCAUCGUCGACCACCACCACCCCACCAGCGAGCACUCCGCCAGCAAGGUCCGCUUCAAGGAGGACGAACCAGCGGCUGAUUCAGAUGCGGAGGCGGAUGGGAGCGGCGCUUCCGAAGAUACCGAGAAAAAGACCAAGAACGAAUGUUUCAAGAAACUCCUGACCCUCAAACCAGACGAGGCCAACGUGAGGCGAAUGCACACCGCCGUCAAGCUCAAUGAGGUCAUCGUCAACAAGUCUCACAACGCACAGCUGGUCAUCAUCAACCUGCCCGGGCCACCCAAGACCUCCCGCCCCGAGUCUGAGAGCAACUACAUGGAAUUCCUGGAGGUGCUGACGGAGGGGCUGGAGCGGGUGUUGAUGGUGCGCGGUGGUGGCCGGGAAGUCAUCACCAUCUAUUCCUGAGGGGUGCGGUGUUGUGGUGUUGCGGUGGUGGGUUUGGUGAUGAGUCGAGUCAUGUACUGUUCUGUGGUGGUGAUGAUUUUGGUAAUGUCUGGUACAGCUGCUACACCACCGAUGGGAAGUGUGUGUACUCCGCUGGUGGUUGUGGUGAUGAGCAGCAGUGGUGUUGAUGGUGAUGAAGGUGGUGUCCGAUCUCAAAGGUGACACAUCUGCGGACAAAGGAAAGAAAGAAAAUAUUGAAGAAAGAGAAGGAUGGAAAUCGCAUGAAAAUCAGUGUGUGUGUGUGCGUCUGUGAGUGUACGUAUGUGUGUGUGUGUGCGUGUGUGUGUAAGGGGGUCUCUGUGGUAAUGCCAAAUAUAACCCGUGUUCCAGUUCUGUUAAAUGGGGUCGGGUCAAGUCAGGUCAGGGCGAGUUCUAACGUGACCCGUCGCGGCGAACGUACCCAGCACCCGCCCUGACCGGCACCCUGGACCUGAGUUGUGACCUGCGAUAAGACCCGAUAGAGGUGUGGGGUUGGGUCUCUAAGCUCUGUACAUAGGAGGUAAAACAGGAUAUAAAACAACACUUAAAACCAUGUGAUUACAUAGUGUCCGAGGCGAGAUCGAGGAGGAGGAGGCGCCUACGAUUGCUGUGUUAUAUAUAUUAGGACAUGAUUUUAUUUUCCUAGUGUAGCACAUUACUAUUAUUAUUACUAUCAUUAUUAUAGUUUGAAGGAGCAUG